CAGUUCUUCACUUUAUGCCUCAUUAUUCUGCUGUUCAGAAGAAGAGCGUUGGAACAAAAUGGCCAGAACUAAACAAACCGCACGUAAAUCCACCGGAGGCAAAGCUCCCAGGAAGCAGCUGGCCACCAAGGCUGCGCGUAAGAGCGCCCCGGCCACCGGCGGCGUUAAGAAGCCUCACCGCUACAGGCCCGGUACCGUGGCUCUCCGAGAGAUUCGUCGCUACCAGAAGUCCACCGAGCUGCUGAUCCGUAAACUGCCCUUCCAGCGCCUGGUCAGGGAGAUCGCCCAGGACUUCAAGACCGACCUGCGCUUCCAGAGCUCUGCCGUCAUGGCUCUGCAGGAGGCCAGCGAGGCUUAUCUGGUCGGUCUGUUCGAGGACACCAACCUGUGCGCCAUCCACGCCAAGAGGGUCACCAUCAUGCCCAAAGACAUCCAGCUGGCCCGGCGCAUCCGCGGGGAGAGGGCUUGAGAUGUCCGCUCCAUAACAAACACAAAGGCUCUUUUAAGAGCCGCUACAUCCACUGAAGACGAUCCUGUGUCAUUACAAACAAGCACGUUAUUUAUUUCUAUGAAAUCGCUUACUAAAGAUCUACAGCCAAGUUUUUUUUCCGUUAAAUCGUAGUGUUUUAUUUUUGUUUGCUUUACGCAUAAACCAAUAAGACCAGUUAUUUUGAGUGAGUCGUGUCACAUAAAUGAUUAAAGACUAAUUUAAAAGACUAAUAUUUGAAUAUGUGAGUUACAUACGUACUUUACAUCUACAUGAUCUAGAUGUUUUUGCCUGCUGCCACUAUCACUAUAUUUAGUUAUACAAUAUGUAUUUGCAGACAAU